UACACGAACUCCCAGCGGAAGCGCCGCGAGAGAGCCAGCGAGAGAGGCGGAGGCGGAGGCGGAGGCAUCUCCUCGCCACCUCCGUACGCUUCCUCGAUUCGAGACGAGAUCUGGGGUUUCUAAGACCAGGGCUAGGGCUCCGAUAUCUCUACGUCGCCGCUGCAACCAUGCUCUCGUGGAGGGACAAGGUGGCGGACAAGCUAUCCCGUCUUCUUGCCGACCCGCCGUCCUCGCCUUCCCCUCCGGCCGCCGGUUUUUCCCCCAUCGCUGACCACGAGUCUCAGGCAGUGUACUUUUCUUCAGAGGAAUCUACUCAUUCCAAGAAAUCUACUUUCUCUUCAUACAUUUCAUCUGUUCUCCGUGCAAGUUCUGGUGGUGAUGUGGGCAAGCCAAAUUCACCUGCUUGCUCACAUAGUAGAAGAUUAUUACCAUCUCUCUCAUUGCCUUCAAGAUGGAAGUCCAGUGGUAUCACGUGGAAAGAUAGACCAUUGGAUUGUGGUGGAGACUGCAGAACUGAAAGCGAAACUGAUGAAACAGUUGAGAUUUUUAAAGAAAAUCUGGAGCAUGUCUCUGAAAGGAAUAUCAACAGCUCUAAUGGAAUUAAAGAAGCAACAGCUUCACGCGAUUCUAAAGAAUAUCUUUCAUAUCUUUCGGAAAAGUCUGCAUUUAUAUCUGCAGAUUUGUUUGAGUUUUUUCAGUCAUCCCUCCCUAAUAUUGUGAAAGGGUGCCAAUGGAUUUUGUUGUAUAGUACGUGGAAACAUGGGAUAUCACUUCGCACACUUAUCCGUAGGAGCGUUAAUCUCCCAGGUCCAUGUUUACUAAUUGCAGGAGAUAUGCAAGGUGCCAUAUUUGGUGGCCUUCUGGAGUGCCCUCUAAAGCCUACAGCUAAAAGAAAAUACCAGGGGACGAUCCAAACAUUUGUAUUUACUACCAUAUAUGGGGACCCAAGGCUCUUUAGAGCAACCGGUUCAAAUCGAUACUAUUACUUGUGCUUGAAUGAUCUAUUGGCAUUUGGUGGGGGUGGAAGCUUUGCAUUAUGCCUUGAUGAAGAUUUAUUACAUGGAACAAGCGGCGCGAGUGAAACAUUUGAGAACUCAUGUUUGGCUCAUAAUGCAGAAUUUGAAUUACAGAAUGUUGAGUUAUGGGGUUUCGCUCAUUCAUCACAAUAUCACACAUAAUUGUUGGUAGGAUGCCAGCAUUUUUGUUGUAUAUGAUUUUGUUGUUCAUUUGUUUUGACUUUUCUUUUAGAUCAAGAAUCCCAGUUUCAAUUGAUUUUAUUACAAUUUCUUGACUUGGAUGUGGGACGAUGUGUUGUCAAACUGAAUACAUGGAUAUCCGAGUA